AUGGCUGAAUUUUUGAAAGGUUUAUUGUUAUCGGUUUUAACUGAGAAAUGCUACGAAGAAUAUUUCGAGAAAUACAACUUUCUCGAUGGUCCUUGUAUGACCGCGACCCUUAGUAAAGGUCUCGGCAUCGGUAUCAUUGCCGGCUCUAUUCUUGUAAAAGUUCCUCAAAUAUUGAAGAUUUUAGGCAGUAAGAGUGCAGAGGGCAUCAAUAUUUAUGGAGUGUAUCUGGAGUUGUUUGCUAUCACAGCAAACUUCGCUUACAGUUAUGUUAUGGGCUUUCCAUUUAGUGCAUGGGGAGAAGGCACCUUUUUAGCGAUACAAACAGCCAUCAUUGCAGCAUCUGUUUUGCACUAUGGAGGAUCAACAGGCACAGCUGGCCUCUUUUUAGCCACAUAUGCAGGCAUUGUGUCUGCUCUAGUCAGUGGUGUCACUCCUACAGAUGUUCUGUGGACCAUGCAAGCUGUUAAUGUGCCUAUUAUUGUUAUAGCAAAGUCUAUCCAAGUAAUCACGAAUUACAAGAAUGGUAGUACUGGACAGUUAUCAGCGAUUACGUGUCUGCUACUGUUUGGAGGCAGUAUAGCUAGAAUAUUCACGUCGCUGGUGGAAACUGGAGACUUCAUCAUUAUCGUCACAUACUGUGUGUCCACUGUGGCUAACGGCGCCAUAGUAGCGCAACUCUUCUGGUACUGGAAUGUCGGAAAGGGAACCCAAACCAAAAAUAAGAAAAAGAAGAAACAUGCAUAA